GGCAGGGCUGGGAUUGGACAACCAGCCAGCAGGAAUGCUAUUUAUUCAGAGUUCUCAGCACAGGACACAGAGCAUUCUGGGUAGAGGUGAAAGGCCAGUCAGAAAGGCACUUCCAAAGCAAGCUUCCCGAGGAAAAUGGGCACCAAGGGAAAAGUUAUUACAUGCAAGGCAGCCAUUGCCUGGGAAACAGGCAGUCCCCUUUGCAUUGAAGAAGUUGAAGUAUCUCCCCCUAGGGCUCAUGAAGUUCGAAUUCAGGUAAUCGCCAUGUGUGUGUGUCCUACUGACAUCAAUGCUACCAAUCCUAAGAAGAAAGCUCUCUUCCCGGUCGUCCUUGGCCAUGAGUGUGCAGGAAUUGUAGAAAGCGUUGGGCCAGGAGUCACCAGCUUCAAGCCAGGUGACAAAGUAAUCCCAUUCUUUGCACCACAGUGUAAAAAGUGCAAGUUCUGUCUGAGCCCUCUUACAAACCUCUGCGGCAAACUCCGGAACUUUAAAUGCCCCAACAUUGAUCAAGAGCUCAUGGAAGACAGAACUAGCAGAUUCACCUGCAAAGGAAAACCAAUUUACCAUUUCAUGGGAGUCAGUUCAUUCUCUCAGUACACUGUGGUUUCAGAAGCCAAUCUUGCUAGAAUCGAUGACGAGGCAAACCUGGAGAGAGUUUGUCUGAUUGGAUGUGGGUUCUCAUCGGGCUACGGGGCUGCCAUCAACACUGCCAAGGUCACCCCUGGUUCCACCUGUGCCGUCUUUGGCCUGGGCUGUGUAGGUCUCUCUGCCGUAAUCGGGUGUAAAGCAGCAGGUGCCUCCAGGAUCAUAGCUGUUGACAUCAACAGUGAGAAGUUUUCUAGAGCCAAGGCCCUGGGAGCCACUGACUGCCUUAACCCCAAAGACCUAGAUAAACCCGUACAGGAUGUCAUCACUGAGCUGACCAAUGGAGGUGUGGAUUUCUCCCUGGACUGUGCGGGAACAGCUCAGACCUUGAAAGCAGCGGUGGACUGCACGACAUUUGGCUGGGGAUCAUGUACUGUGGUUGGAGCAAAGGUUGACGAAAUGAGUAUACCCACUGUGGACAUGAUAAUGGGCCGGUCUAUCAAAGGAACAUUCUUUGGUGGCUGGAAAAGUGUGACUUCUGUACCACACCUGGUUACUGCCUACAAGAAUAAGCAGUUCGACCUGGACAUACUGGUGACCCAUUCCCUACCUUUCGACAAAAUCAAUGAGGCAAUCGACCUGAUGAACCAAGGAAAAAGGGUGACUCAGGAGUACCAUCAGAGUUUCAGAGAGCAGCCAGCAAGCACAUCAACCUCUCUCUCCUCUGAUGUCCUACGUGGCCAGGAGUGGCGUCUUCUCAAGGCUAACGCCUCAUUCCCCAGCUGCAUCCGAAUAAUCCUGACCUUUUGAAGAUGGAGAAGCAACCUGGAAUGUUAUCUGAUUGGAUCUGAGCCUGUCCGGUUGGCUUGCUACUUCACACGAUGAGCCAAAGACGGCUGGGAGUUGAAGCCCAAGUUUGCACUUCGUACCUCAACAGAACUUAACUAUAAAUGAUAUACCAAGGGUGCCUGUAAAAUAUAUUCAGGUUUCCUAUAUGAAAUAACCGAUGUUGGGUGUGUGUCACGGGCACAUUGCUGGCUUAGCACGUGUGAAAACAGAAGUGGAUGAAGGAAUGAAAAGAUACCUGACGUAUGUACAAAUAGAAUCAUAUGUUUAGGAACUGUUUGAAACUAUUUUUCAGAAGUGGGAGUUGGAAGUGAAAAAGUAAAUAGGUCUGGCUAUAUAUUUGUAACUUCUGAAGCUGGGGGAUGAACACACGGAAUUUCUUACACUGCUCUCUUCACUCUCUUCUAUGUCGACAGCUUUCCACAAUAGACUUUUUUACUGGAAACAUCCAUAAUACACACACGUGUGUAUACAUAAAAUAUUGUUAUCUUAUUUCUGUGUUCUAAUAAACUAUAAGCUAAUCUUAA